AUGAUCAACUUCGACUAUGCGUACGAUCUAUACGACUAUGCGCUAUACCACUAUAAUCACGACGAAGCAGUUCGUGACCUCGUCAACGACGACCGCUUGGCAUUCCUGCAAACCCUCGCCAACGACCAGCAAUUUAACUUGCACGGCAACCUCUCCGCCUCUGGGUUCAAGGAAGGAGACAUGAUCCGUGCAUUCGCCGGCCGCACGCUCCCUGCCCAAGUCGUUGCGCAGCUAUCGGAAUCACAUCAGGCGGAGGUCUCUUCACACAGAUUCCCCAACCCCGGCGGAGCCAUGGUCUUCGAGCUGUUCAGUAACGGAAAUGACACGAGUUCAUAUCCAGACCAGGAUGAGCUCUGGGUUCGCUUCCUCUACCGCAACGGGACCGACCCCGACGUCCCACUACAGGAAUACCCAUUAUUUGGCCGUGGCAACUCGGAGACACGCAUGCAUUGGACAGAUUUUGCCUGGGACAUGGAAAGGUUCUCAAUUAAAGACAUCGGAACCUGGUGCCAGACCUGCGAUGCCGUGACGUUAUUCUGCACCGCGCUCAACAGCAAGUCCGACGGAGACGGUUCAAGCUCGGGCUCGCUAUUUGGCCCCGGCAGCAGCAGGUCCGUCACGCCCGCCGUCGCUGGUAUCAUAGGUGCUGCAGUCGCCAUCGUGGCUACUGCUCUGGCUGCUGCGUCGACCUUUUUCUUUGGGGGACUACGGAUCCAACGGGCCGACAAGGGCCACCGAGGCAGCUUGGGUGGGUUCAAGGGCGCCGAGAAGAUGGCAUCUGAUCAUGACGUGUCCAUCGCGAAGAGCGGCGCCAGGCACGAGAGGGUCGGUGGUUGGGAACUCGGUGGUCCCGGACCAAAUACAGACAACGGACUGCCUCCUAACAUUGCGACUGUCUUUGGCGCUUCGGUCAGGCGAAAUGGGUAUGGCGAGGACGACGGAGACAGUAUUCUGGGACAUACACCGAUACGGCCGCUGGAAAGUAUAUAG